CAUGGUUUUUAUUUUUCUUUUUGGAGGUUUCAGAUUAUGUUGACUUAUUAUUUCGAUAUUAUCUUCUAAAAAACAAGUAUUAUCUUUUCUUAAUUUGACUCUAUCUUGAUUAGAAAAAGAGAAGAAGAAGAAGUUAUCUUGGUAUUUACAUAACAACUUUUGUUUUUUAGAUCUUUUUUUUUUUUUAGGUGAAUUUGUUUUUUAGAUCUUGACGUUUUAGAAAAGUGAACAUAAUAAUUUGAAUAAAUUGUUUAAUAUGGUAAAAGAAAAAACAGCUAUAUGAAAUAAAGAUAUGCAAAUAUAUAAGCUUAAAAGAAAGGAAAAAGGAGAUGAUUUCUUUUUGUUAUUUUUCACAUGAAAUACUUUUGUCUUUUUUUGUGUGAGAUAAAUAUGAAUCCAGAGAGUUGGAGAAGACACAGUUGUGUUUGUUUGUUUUUAUUUUGGUUAUGAAAGAAAGAGAAACUAACUAUUCAGCAAAAGAAAAUGAGCCAACGAAAAGAAAAUGAACCUGAGUUGUCUUUACCUAUAAUCUCUAGUGUUAAUAACCAUAGUUCUCUCAAACCCAACAACACAAUACAACACAACACAACCCAUCUCCUUCUCUUCUCUUCUAAUUUUAGCAACUCUCUCUCUCUCUCUCUCUCUACCUGCACAACAACAGAACCCAAUAACCUGAAAAGAAAUAAAAGAAAGAAAAAAAAAACCAUAAGAGAAACACAAAGGUGUUUGUAUAUGCAUCUAAGAGCUCACGUCAUGUUCUGGUUUUGAAGUUUAUGUUAUAAAGAGAGAACCUUUUCGGGUUUCCUUUUCCAGUGAUAUUACUAUUACUAUUUCGAAUGCUUAAGUGGUUUGAAGUUUAAUUCUUUGAUAGAAUUUGAGGAUCAAGAACAGUUAAGAGAGAGCCCAUAUCAUAUCUUUGCUAAAGUGAUUGAUAUCCGUGUGGAUUCUGUGAAUGGUGUGAAAACUGUGAUUGUGGAUUGGAGUUUCUUUUAUCUUCAAAUUAAUGGAGGGUAUGAUUUAAUGGCUUGGAAGAAUGUGCUUUUUUACAUAAUGAGCUAAGGGUGUAAGAAGAUGGAUAUAAAGGAAGAUGCUGAAUCACAAGAGGAUAGGUCACCAUCUCCUUAUGCGGUCUUACAGGAUAUAUCUGAGGAGGCAAUUAAAAUGGCUGGCGAGGCAUUACAUCAUGCCUACACAGGUAAUCAGAGUCUUCAGCCAAUGCCUCCCCUGCACAGGCGUAGCCAAAGUGAAGUCUUGAGCCAGGGACAUAAACGCAGCAGCAGUUUUCAGAGACUGAAAAGUCAGAUGCAAAAGGCGUGGAGAUGGGGCAACAAUACCACAGAAUCAUAUUACAGCUUCAAUCCUGAGGUCUUGGCUAACCAGAAACGUCAGUGGUAUCAGCUUCAUUCCAAAACUCUGGACAUUACAAAAUUUAAGGAGCCCACCUCACUGUUUGAACACUUCGUUAUUGUGGGGCUUCAUCCUGAUGCCAAUCUUGAGGCUGUGGAGGAUGUAUUUGCAAGACGGAAGAAGUGGGAGUUUGAGACGGGAAAAUCUGAUCUAGUAAUACGUAAAAAUAUGCAGUAUCGGGAGCCUACAUUUCCUUCAAUGGAGCCCCAGGUACUUUUCAAAUAUCCUCCAGGGAAGAGAUUGCCUAUGCGUCUAAAGGAUUUAGGUUCCUUCUGUUUUCCUGAAGGUGUUAAGACACGCUUAUUGGAGAGGACUCCAUCAUUGAGUGAACUAAAUGAGGUUGUUUAUGGACAGGAGCAUAUGGGCAGGGAUGAUCAAGCGUUUGUAUUUUCGCUUAAGGUGGCAGAUAAUGAUACACUUUAUGGCGUUUGCUUACAUGUAACAGAAAUUGUUCAAAGGCUACCGGGUAUUUUAGGCAAUAUGUCACCCAUUCAACAGUCAACUGGACGAUGCUGCCGCUUUCUGGUUUCUGCACCUCGCUGCUACUGCGUGCUAACUAGAGUCCCUUUUUUUGAAUUACACUAUGAGAUGUUGAACAGUAUCAUUGCACAGGAGCGGUUGAAUCGGAUAACACAAUUUGUUAGUGAAGUGUCACUGAGUGGUAUCCCUUUGGCUUCCAAACCACACGAUCAAAUGAAUAAGAAUGUUGGCUACCCUUAUAAGGAGUGUGGUUUUGAUUGGACAGCUUCUGCAAUACCUGUUGACAGUGCAGUGGCCCUUACCGCUGCUGCUGCUGGAAUUAUUUCAGAUGAUGAAGUCCCAACAUCAUCACCAAAAACAUCAGAAUCUCAUUCUCCUGAAAGUUGUAGUGCUAGUGAUGCUUCAGAUUUGAGUCAAGCGAGGGACAUGGACAAUAAUGGUAAGAAGAAUAUGCAAUAUUUUGAUGAAUGUGCUUCCUUGUCAUCAGAAGCUCGUUCUGAUGCUUUGGAAAGGAUGGAUGGGAGCUAUGAAAGUGGCCAGGCAUCUCCAGAUAUUGUGACAUUUAACUGCUCCAGGAGCCAAGCAUUGGAGCGUCUAGGAAGUUUUGAUACCCUAUUCAGUCCAGUUAGAAGCAUGACACCAGAGGAUGAGGAUGAUGAACUUUUUGCAAAUCGUGAAAAAGAUUUUGAUGAUGAAUUAAUAAUGGAAUGGGCUAAGGAAAACAAAAAUGAGUUGCUACAAAUAGUCUGUGGUUAUCAUUCCAUGCCUCUUCCGCAACAAGGAAGUGAUAUAGUUUUUCAUCCUCUUGAACACUUGCAAGCUAUUGCAUAUAGGCGACCUCCAGUUUCUGUCCUUGGUUUCCCUGAAAAUUUUGUAACUUUGUCUGAAGCUGCUGAGGUCAAUGCAGAUCUAGCUGCUGCUGAGGAAGCUCUCACGCUAUCAAUAUGGACAACUGCAACCAUAUGUCGAGUUUUAUCACUUGAGAGUAUUUUGGCGCUACUUACAGGAGUAUUACUGGAAAAACAAGUGGUAGUUGUAUGCCCAAACCUGGGUGUUUUAUCUGCUAUAGUAUUAUCUCUUAUUCCCAUGAUUCGUCCAUUUCAGUGGCAGAGUUUAUUUCUUCCGAUUCUGCCUAGGAGGAUGCUUGAUUUUCUUGAUGCUCCUGUUCCCUUUAUUGUUGGCAUACAACAAAAACCAGAAGACUGGAAGAUGAAAACAUUUAAUCUUGUCCAUGUUAAUGUGCUCAAGGAUCAGGUGAAGAUGUGUCACUUGCCUGCACUUCCACGGUAUAAAGAGCUUGUUUCUGAACUUGCGCCAUUUCAUUCUAGACUAUCAUUCCAAAGUUCAAUUGCUAGAAAGCAUCCUGUAUAUAGGUGCAAUGAAGUACAGGCAGAAGCUGCAACUCAAUUUUUGACCAUCAUGAGGCGGUACUUGGAAUCUAUUUGUUCAGAUUUAAGGUCCCAUACAAUAACUAAUGUACAAUCAAACAAUGACAGGGUAUGUUUACUUCUUAAAGAUAGCUUUAUUGACUCAUUUCCUAGUAGGGAACGGCAAUUUCUUAAGCUAUUUGUGGACACACAACUAUUUGCUGUUCUAUCUGACCAAAGAUUGUCAAGCUUCGAGCACAGGAGCCCCUAACUUAAUCCCUUUACAAGUUUAAGUUUACAACUUGCUAACUUAAGACCUUAAAGUACUGCAGUGGACGAAUAAUGGUUUCUGUGAUGAUGCUUCAGCAACCCUGCAACAAAUUAUGCCGAUCUCAUUGCUUUUGAAAGCCAUUAACUGUGACACCGAUGUACGGCGAAAGGUUGCAUAGGGACAAUGUGUAUAAUAGAAGUAUAGCAAUGGUUGCAGAUGCUUACAAGUAUUUGUUGUUUUGCCCAAAAAGAAUAUGACGAACGUUAGAGAUCAUGAUCCCAACCUUUUAUGGGGAUUGUGGUUCUGGGCUUAUAAAAGGUCUCCCUCACUUCCAACUCUUGUAAAUGUCAAUAGCAUAAUAAAAUAUUUCCAGAAGAGGUCAUUUAAUUUUCCGGCAGGUUGCCGCCA